AGGGUACAGCUAACUGCAGCGCUUGUUUCGCAGAGAGAUAGGACACAUGUGGCACGGCGCAGGCUUUAAAUAGUCCGUCGUCGCUUUAUGUGCUGGAUUGAUGUUUGGAGAGUUUUGGACUGUAUUAGGCUGCUAUAAAUGGAGUAACUGCUCAACUUUUUAACGUGUUUUACUCUGGUUGGAUCUGCUCUGCGAUGAGUGAAGAGGAGCUGAGAAGCUCCCCCGCUGCUUUUAGAGAGUGAGGAGGAUUAGGCUGGAGCUCAGUGGAGGCACGACGGCACUCUCACACGGCAACCGGAGCUGGAGCCAUGAGCAGGGCGCUUACGGAGCACAUCAGCAGUAGCUUCCGAGAAGAUGCUCCUCGUCCUCCGGUACCGGGGGAGGAGGGAGAGGCGUCAUGCUACAACCCCAGCAGAUCUGCCAAAAUGAGAGCCCAGAACAAGGUUAAAGACACCCCCGCCGCCGCCGCGCCUCCCGGCUCCACACCGCGGAGGAACGAGGAUGGUCUCGGGGAGCCAGAGGGCAGCGCGUCCCCGGACUCGCCCCUAGUCCGGUGGACAAAGUCCCUGCAUUUUCUCCUGGGCGACCAAGACGGCGCGCACCUCUUCAAGACCUUUUUGGAGCGGGAGAAUUGCGUGGACACUUUGGACUUUUGGUUCGCCUGCAACGGCUUCAGGCAAAUGGACUUAAAGGAUACCAAAACGUUGCGAGUUGCCAAAGUUAUUUUCAAGCGGUACAUCGAGAACAACAGCAUUGUCGCCAAGCAGCUGAAACCCGCCACCAAGACCUUCAUAAGGGAUAGUAUUAAGAAACAACAAAUAGACUCUGCCAUGUUUGACCAGGCACAGACGGAAAUUCAGUCCAACAUGGAAGAGAACGCGUACCAGAUGUUUCUGACCUCUGACAUAUACCUCGAAUAUGUGCGCACCGGCUGCGAGAACGCGGCGUACAUGAACCACGGCAGCCUCGGCAGCCUCAAGCUGAUGUGCGGAUACCUUCCUCCUCUCAUGGAGGAAGAGGAGUGGAGUUGUACUGACCUGAAGGCAAAAACGUUGGGCUCUGUGGUUGGACUGUCUGCGAAAACCCUGAGGGCUACUGCUACCAUCCGGACAGCAGCCGAAGUGCUGGAGAACAGUUGCAGGUCCCACCGCCGAGGAGACCCUGCCAGCCCCUACUUUGUCAACUCUGGCUACAUUUUUGCCCCCGCCACCAGUGCCAACGACAGCGAGAUCUCCAGUGAUGCCACGACGGACGAUUCCAUGUCCAUGACAGACAGUAGCGUAGAUGGAAUCCCUCCAUACAAACUGGGCACAAAGAAGCAGCUCCAGCGAGAGAUGCAUCGCAGUGUCAAGAUCAAUGGCCAGAUAACGCUACCCCACUUUCCUAGGACACACCGGCUGCCUAAGGAGAUGACCCCCGUUGAGCCCUCAGCCUUUGCUGCCCAGCUCAUAGCCCGGCUGGAGAAGCUGAAGCGAGAGCAGGAUACCAUGAGCUCAUUGGAGGAGAGGCUCCAGCAGAUCCAAGAGGAGGAGGAAAAGGAGGAGAGUGGCGACCUCGCCAGCAGCGCCUCCCUGCAUCACCCUCUGCUCCCAUCUGGCAGCCAAUGCGAGGAAGACCCGCAGGCUAUCUUGGACGAGCACCUGUCCCGUGUCCUGAAGACACCUGGCUGCCAGUCACCAGGUGUGGCUCGGCACUCACCGCGCUCAAGCUCCCCAGAUCGGACGGGUGCAAUGGUGUCCGUUGGCCACGGGCCCUUCUUUGGUGCGUAUCCUGGGGCUGCCGAGGUUCUGAUGACAGGCAGGCAGUCCACAAAGCACAUCCACCACCACUACAUCCACCAUCACCACGCUGGGCCCAAGACCAAGGAGCAGAUCGAGGCCGAGGCGGCUCAGCGCGUGCAGUGCCUCUGCCCUCCAGGGGGCACCAAUUAUUCCGACUUCACCCCUGCUCGCUGCAGCACUUUGUCCAGACGGCCAGUCAAGGCCACCGAUGAGGCCGUGUCCUCACCGCGCCUUCCCCUAGAUGCCACCGACCGCUCUCAGAAUGUUUGGCAGUGGAUCCUAGAGAGUGAGAGGCAGGGCAAACACAAGCCACACAGCACUCAAGGCCUAAAGAAGUCCAACCCACUUGACUCCAAGACUCUGCCCAGCCGGACUCACUCCUCUUGGGGUGGGGGCGGCAUCGGCAGUGGGGCUCAUCUGCGUGGCCACCACCCAGGCCACCCAUUCAUCCAGGACCCAGCCAUGCCACCCCUACCCCCGCCCAACACCCUGGCACAGCUAGAGGAGGCCUGCCGCAGACUAGAAGAGGUCUCCAAGCCUCCGAAACAGAGGCAAUCAGCAGCCAGCAGCCUUCAGAGAGACAGGAGCCAUCCAGCAGCUGCCUUCCCCACUGGAGGCAGCCCUCUAUCCAGCCCUGGACUCCAAGCAGACGAGUCGAAGGAGCUAGUGGUCACCUACUUCUUCUGUGGUGAGGAGAUUCCUUAUCGCAGCAUGAUGAAGACCCACUGCCUCACCCUGGGACACUUCAAGGAACAGCUUAGCAAGAAAGGCAACUACCGGUACUACUUCAAGAAAGCCAGUGAUGAGUUUGAGUGUGGUGCCGUGUUCGAGGAGGUGUGGGAGGAUGCCACCGUGUUGCCCAUGUAUGAGGGCAAGGUCCUGGGCAAGGUGGAGAGGAUGGACUAAAAGCCACUUUGUUACCAACAGACCAAUGCCCUUCCCCGCCCAACCAAAAGCUAAACUGUCCCUACAAACUUGAGCAAGAGACUCUUUGUAAUUAACAAAAAACACUCUGGACUCCUUUUUUGUUUUUUGUUUUUUGUUUUUUUUUUUCUAUUUCUUAAUAUUAAGCUAAACAGAGUUAAUAUAUCCAGCACAAGAGGAGUGAUUGAAGGAAGACGAGCCAAUGAAGUAUGCCGAACCCAGAGGAGGUGCCGACCCUCCCUGACUUUAUCAACCAAUCAGCCUUAGAAACACAAGGGAAUGACACGAGAGACUUUAAAAGACCAAUACAAGGAUGAUGAUGAUGAUUGGAGGCCAGUGGGGGGGAGACCCCACCUCUUCUUGAAUAUAACCACUGAAGAUGUAGAUGACUGUUUCGUUGUGACGUAGUGAGAGACUGAUGGUGCGUUCACGCCGGCUCCCCGGCCGAGUGCAAUGGACUUGCAGGUGCUGAAUACAGUGCCACCAACCUGCUCUUAAUGUUACACUCCAGCAUCGUUACAAAAACGUCUGUACAUGUGCAUAUACAUACAUGCAUAUAUGUAUAUAUACAUGUAUUAUAUACAUAGAUGCUUUUUGUCAUGAGUUGAAAGUUUUUAUUAAGUAUUUAUUGAAAAAAACAACCCACUCCUUUCCCCAUCGUCCCUUCCUGACUCUUCUUAAACCUGUCCCCCCCCUUCCCUAUUUCCAGCCAAUGGGCAAGCUGCUUUGAAUGUUGGGAGAAUACUGUGGUGAUAUUGUUUAGUGUUUGUUUUUGUUUGUUUUUACUUUACACAAAGGACGUGACACUAGCCUAGCACCUCCCAUAGCCUUGUAGCCCCGUCUGACCCAAACUAACAACCUUAGCAGUGGUCUUGUCCGAGGCGCACUCCCUCCACUAUUCUGAUGGUCAAUCCCAGUCUUAUAUGCUGCUGAUAGUUUGUAACGUUGAGUUUGUCACACUAGUAUUUCCUCUCCCUCGUUCUCCCCCUCCCUCCCCAUUUCUCCCAGUCCGGAGACAGAGCUCAAUCUUUUUUGUUGUGCCUUUGUUUGUAAACCAGGCAUUGCACGGGGGGGGGGGGGGGGGGGGGGGGGGGGGGGGGGGGGGGGUGAAAACAGUUGCAGAUACACACAGAGAGGAGACCUGGAGCACAAGUUGUACCAUCUAAUAAUGGCAGUGUUUACAGCCCGCACACCAAAAUAACUCGUGCUAACAAGAACCAGUUUGGGUCACUGAGAACGACUUCUCGAGGAAGUCAGCUAGUGUGUCAAAAAACACAAAAAAAAGAGAAAAAAAAAGUGAACAUUGAAGAAUUACGGCUCAGAUAUCCUUUGAAUGUUGUUACAGUAACAUCGUAUAUAGCAGAGCUCCUGUAUACAUUGUAAUUAUGCAUUCUGAAGUAUGGAUACUGACACAUGUGGUGCACACAUAGAGUACACACACGCACACACACACACACACAUAUGAACAAUACACACACACACACACAAACACUAUAGCUGGUGUUUUAUGAGUACAGCACCUGUGCCUACAUGGAUGCCAUACCAUGUGCUACCCUGUUUCAGGGUUUUAAUAUAUAUCCCUUGGUUUUCAGAAGGGUUUUAUGUUGAAAAGAUAUUUUUAUGCUUUUAAUAAUAUCAUGUAAUCAUGUUUUUUUGUUUUGUUUUUACACCACGGCCUUUUUUUUUUGUUUCAUCUAAACUGUAAAUUAUACAUUAUAUAAAGAGUUUCAUUUAAAGAUUUACAUGGACCUAUAAUUAUUGUAAUUAUUGAGAGAUGUAGCCUUUAUUAAAGUUUUAUAUUUUUCAAAUGAAAGCUGUUGUGAAUGAAUUGCUUCUUUCGUGAUUGUACAGACUGUUUCGAAGAUGUUUUCACAGCACCUGUAAUGUCAUGAAAAAGAUAUCAUCACCUGUUCAUACACACAGCAAACUAUCCAACAUUAGUAAGACAUUUGUUUCUGACAGUUAUUUAGAAGUGAUGAGAGUGGACUGGACACCCUAAGAUGGCCUUGGACUCCU